AUGGGAGUUUGGUUCUCUGGGUUGCUGGUGCUGUGUUACCUAGCAUUGACUUGGGCCAUGUUUUUUGACCUUGGGGAACAAGAGGAGAAGUGCAUCAUUGAGGAGGUGCCACAAGAUACACUGGUCACAGGAUAUUUUUUACUGGAGUACUGGGACACCGGCAAGCAGACAAACUCACCCCACCUUGGCAUAACCGUGAUUGUGAGAGACCCAGACCACCAGACUUUGAUGUCUAAAAGAUACGGUCGAAAGGGGAAGUUCACCUUUACCUCACACUCCUCUGGGCAGCACUUCCUGUGCAUGCAAUCCAAUUCCACACGCUUUGCUGUCCUCGCUGGGCAGAGGCUGAGACUGCAUCUGGAUGUUCAAAUGGGAGAGCACACUUUGGACCCCAGCACUGAAAAGGCCAAAGACAUGGUUAAAACUGUGGAGUACAACCUGCGACACCUGAUCGACCAAAUACACUACAUCAGCAAACAGCAGGACUUCCAGAGGGAACGUGAGGAGACAUUCCGCCGAAUAAGUGAAGAAACCAACGGGAAAAUCUUAUGGUGGGCCGUCCUGCAAACGGCCAUUCUUCUCACCGUUGGGGUUUGGCAGAUGAAACGUCUGCAAGAUUUCCUCAUCGAAAAGAAGCUUGUUUAA